AUGGCCGCAGGCGUCCGGGCGUCCGAGCCCCGGGUCCUUGUCUGCCUCGGGGCGCUACUGGCCCGCUGGGUCGCCGCAGGACUGGAGGCUGUCGUCAUUGGAGAAGUUCACGAGAAUAUCACUCUGCGCUGUGGCAACAUCUUGGGACCGAGGGGCCUCAUAACCUGGUACCGCAACAACUCGGAGCCUGCCUUCCUCCUGUCCUCCAAUUCCAGCCUCCCCCCAGCCCAGCCACGCUUCUCUCUGGUGAAUGCCAGCUCCCUGCACAUCGAGGCGCUGAGCCUGCAGGAUGAAGGGAACUACACCUGCUGGGAGGUCCUGAACGAGACUCGGUGGUUCCAGGUGUGGCUGCAGGUGGCCAGAGGCCCCUAUCAGGUUGAGGUCAACAUCUCCAGCACCGGCAGGCUCCCCAACGGCACGCUGUAUGCGGCCAAGGGCUCCCGGGUGGAUUUCUGCUGCAGCAGCAGCUCCUGGCCUCCGCCCAUGGUUGAGUGGUGGUUCCGGGCCCCGGAUUCUAGCACCGAGCCCUUCGGAAACAACCUGACGGCCAGCUGCUUCACGCUGUUACUGAUGUCGCAGAACCUCCAAGGGAACUACACCUGUUUGGCCACAAACAUGCUCGGCGGGAGACAUCGAAAGGUGACCACCGAGCUCCUGGUCUACUCGCCCCCUCCGUCAGCCCCUCAGUGCUGGGCAGAGCUGUCGCCAGGAUUGUUCACGCUGCAGCUCAGCUGUCGCUGGGCCGGAGGAUACCCAGACCCAGACCUCCUGUGGACAGAAGAGCCAGGAGGAGUGGUUGUGGGGAUGUCAAAGCUGGGGGUUGAGAUGCUGAACCAGCCCCAGCUGUCGGACGGCAAGAAGUUCAAGUGUGUCGGGAGCCACAUAGUGGGGCCGGAGUUGGGAGCCAGCUGUGUGGUACAGAUCAGGAGCCCCUCCCUUCUCUCUGAGCCCAUGAAGACUUGUUUCGUGGGAGGCAAUGUGACGCUCACCUGCGAAGUGUCUGGAGCCUACCCCCCCGCCAAGAUCCUGUGGCUGAGCAACCUCACCCAGCCGGAGGUCGUCAUCCAGCCCAGCAGCCACCACCUCAUCACCCAGAGUGGCCAGAGCUCCACCCUCACCAUCCGCAACUGCUCCCAGAACCUGGACGAGGGCUACUAUGUCUGCCGGGCUGAGAACCCCGUGGGGGUGAGGGAGGUGGACAUCUGGUUGAGCGUGAAAGAACCUGUAAACAUCGGGGGAAUUGUGGGCACCAUCGUGAGCCUCCUUCUGCUGGGACUGGCCAUUAUCUCUGGGCUUCUGUUGUACUACAGCCCUGUGUUCUGCUGGAAAGUAGGAAGCACUUUCAGGAGGCAAGACAUGGGUGAUGUCAUGGUUUUGGUGGAUUCAGAAGAGGAAGAGGUGGAGGAGGAGGAAGAUGCUGCAGAAGAGGAAGAGGAGGAAGCAAGUGAGACGGACGAGUCUCCAAAAGAAGUAACCAAGUACGGCCACAUCCACAGAGUGACCGCACUGGUGAAUGGGAAUGUGGACCGGAUGGCCAACGGACUCCAGGCGCUGCAGGAUGACAGCAGUGAGCAGCAGAGUGACAUCAUUCAAGAAGAAGACAGGCCUGUUUGA